GAGAGAAGGGUUUGGGUUGCUCUGACUCGGCUGGUGGGACUGAGGUUUAGAAGCAGGGAGGGAAAGCGCUUGAACUCUUUCGCUGUGACGGGCAGAUGACUCCAGGAAGCCCCUGCUGAAGGGAAGAAGGUUUUUUUUUAAAAUCCUGACACUUGUUUGUAAGGCUGCGGCUCGUCGGUGUGCCGGGCUGAGAUAAGGGUGGAGGGGCAGGGAGCUCGGGGCGCUGGCAGCUGGGCAGCGGGUUCAGACGGGUCGGUUUUCCGGUCAGCGGAGGACUGAAUGAGACAGACGCACUUCCCCGUGGGCAGGAGGGGGGGAAACCUUCCCAGGAUUCCCUGAAACUCGCACACACAGGCCUCGACCCCGCCAUGGAGGCGCUGAGGGAGUCUUUUCUGCACUUGACCUUUCAGAUGUCCACGUACAAGAGGGCCACGCUGGACGACGACGACCUGGUGGACUCCAUUGUGGACGACAUCUACCCCACCACCAUGCAGGUGUCUGUGAGGCGUGGUCGCAGUCCCAGGUGCUGGGCGGAGAGGACUCACACGGAACAGAGGCUGCUGGUCCUGGCGUGCGGCCUCUCCCUGGCGCUGUUCGUCUGUGUCCUCACCCUGGGAUUCUACUACAGAGCAGCAGCUCACCCUGGCCUAUGUCUGUCUGAGCCCUGUGUGACGGUGGCCAGCGCGGUGCUGGGAGCCCUGGACCGCACGGUCGACCCCUGCCACGACUUCUACAACUUUGCCUGCGGGGGCUGGGUGAGGAACAACCCGCUGCCCGAGGGCAAGUCCCGCUGGGGCCCCUUCAGCAACCUGUGGGAGCGCAACAUGGCCGUCAUGAAGCAGAUGCUGGAGAACACCUCCAGGACAGACCUGAGUGAGGCGGAGAAGAAGGCGCAGUGGUACUACCAGUCCUGCAUGAGCGAGGACAAGAUCGAGGCGCUGGGAGCACAGCCACUGCAGGAGCUCAUCAACCGGACAGGAGGCUGGGCUCUGACAGGACCCUGGGACAAAUCCAACUUCCAGGAGGUUCUGCGCACGGUGUCGGCCAGCUACCGCACCUCCCCCUUCUUCACCGUCUUCGUCAGCACCGACUCCAAGAGCUCCAACAGUAAUGUCAUCCAGGUCGACCAGACUGGCCUGGGCCUGCCCUCCCGAGACUACUACCUCAACAAGACGGCCAAUCAGAAGUACCUGGACGCCUACCUGGACUUCCUGGUGGAGCUUGGAGUCCUGUUGGGGGGUUCUGAGGAGAGGUCCCGGAUGCUGAUGCAGGAGAUUGUGGACUUUGAGGUGGCCCUAGCCAACAUCACCGUGCCCCAGGAGGAGAGACGAGACGAGGAGGCCAUCUACCACAAGAUCCAGGCCAAGGACCUGGCUACGCUGGCUCCUGCGAUAGACUGGAUCCCCUUCCUCAGGGAGGUUUUUGCGCCCAUGGAGCUGAAUGACACGGAGCCGGUGGUGGUUUAUGCCAAGGAGUACCUGCAGAAGGUGUCCGACCUCAUCAACGGCACAGACAAGAGCCUCCUCAACAGCUACAUGAUCAUGAAGGUGGUGCGGAAGAUGGUGUCCAUCCUGGACCAGAGGUUCCAGGACGCUGAGCAGCGCUUCUUCGAGGUCAUGUACGGCACCAAGAAGAGCUGCACCCCUCGCUGGAAGCUGUGUGUCAGCGACACAGAUAGCGCCCUGGGCUUCGCUUUGGGGGCGCUGUUCGUCAAAGCCACCUUCACCGAGGACAGCAAGGCCAUUGCAGAGGACAUGGUGUCCGAAAUCAAGCUGGCCUUCGAGGACGGUCUGCAGUAUGUCAGCUGGAUGGACACCGAGACCAAAAAAGCUGCCAAAGAAAAGGCAGAUGCCAUCUACAACAUGAUUGGAUAUCCAAAGUUCAUCAUGGACCCCAAAGAGCUGGACAAAGUGUUUAAUGAUUUUGAGGUGGUGUCAGACCUGUAUUUCCAGAACGUCAUGCAGUACUACAACUUCUCAGCCAGAGUGACAGCCGACCAGCUGAGGAAGGCCCCCAACAGAGACCAAUGGAGUAUGACCCCACCCACAGUGAACGCCUACUACAACCCCACCAAGAAUGAGAUGGUGUUCCCUGCUGGGAUUCUCCAGGCCCCCUUCUACAGCAGGUCAUGGCCAAAGGCUCUGAAUUUUGGAGGUAUCGGUGUGGUCAUGGGGCACGAGCUGACCCACGCUUUCGAUGACCAAGGGCGAGAGUACGACAAGGAGGGGAACCUACGCUCCUGGUGGAAGAACUCGUCUGUGGAGGCCUUCAAGAAGCAGACUCAGUGCAUGGUGGAGCAGUACAGCAACUACAGCAUCAACCAGGAGCCCCUGAACGGCAAGCACACCCUGGGGGAGAACAUCGCCGACAACGGGGGGCUCAAGGCAGCCUACAAGGCUUAUGAGAGCUGGAUCCAGAAGAAUGGAGAGGAGCCUCUCCUGCCUGCUCUGGACAUGACUAAUCGCCAGCUCUUCUUCGUUGGAUUUGCACAGGUGUGGUGCUCCGUGCGGACCCCGGAGAGUUCCCAUGAGGGUGUCAUCACAGACCCCCACAGCCCCUCCAGGUUCCGGGUCAUCGGCACCAUCUCCAACUCGCGCGAGUUCUCCAAGCACUUCAACUGCAAGCCGGACACCCCCAUGAACCCCAGGCGCAAGUGUGAGCUGUGGUGAUUACCCAGCAUGCCAGCUGCCAGGCGGCAGAGCCGGCGUCAGGGAUGGAACUCAGGCAGGGCCUUACAAGAAGCCCCAGGCACAAAACCACUGGGGUGCCCCCACUGCCCCUGACCCCACCCCUGGGCACCUCCAGCAGACUGCCUCGGCUGGAGAUCCCCCAGCCCCUGCUCCGUUUGUAAAGAUGAAUAGUUUUUUCUUUUUAAAAAGCGCUAUUUUUAUAUCAGAACUCUGUGACUAGGUUCUCCUCGAGUUAAGAAGAGAAGUGGAACAACGUUAAACACUGGAAAAUGAAGAGGGGGAGAACUUUCUUUUUUGCCAAUUCAGGUUUUUUGAAUAAAUGUGGAGUUACGAUUUUAUUUUAAAAUGGGAAGUAAUAUUUAUUUUCUGCCUUGUUGCUGUUUCCUCCUGUUGUAGUUUUUUUUGUACUCUGGAUACCGGUAUCACUUAAUGCUGCCAGUUUUGACAAUGCGAGACCAAAUGCCAUGAUGUAGUAGUUUGGCCCAGGACAGCAUACAUGAAGACAUGCAGGGUAAAAGAUCAAGGCUCCAGCAGACUGUGGUGCAGUGAUUUUCCUGCCACACUAACCAGCCAGAGUUAGCAUGUCCUGUGGCUGCCAGUGUGUCAUUAAUCUUGUUUAAUUGGCAUGUUAUCUCUGCUCAUUGAUCUGCGAAGGUUAGUGUCCCAUUACUGUGAAAGAGACUGUGUGCAAAGGCUAAUGAGGCCAAAAUCUAAUGCCUGUGGGAACAUGAUGGCAUGUUAAUGUUCCACCCUGCAGACAGGAAUCCAAAGCGGCCCUCACAGCUUGCAGAAUAACUGCGUUAUGAGACUGUCUGUCUUUUGGUUACCAUGAUUAAAAUAAGCAUUUCUGGAGGUUUAUCAGAAAGCAUACACAUUGGGCAUAGAUUUGCUAUAGGCAGUUAGCAGAUUUCUUAAAUUAUUUUAAUAGCUUCUUAUAAGUCAUGUUCUGUUUACCAUUCUUUUGGCAAAGGGUGGAGUCCCUACACUUUAACUAUUGCUUAUUAUUACAGAAAAAGAGCAGCGACAGAAUGUUACUGUGAGUGUUUCUUGCACUGUUGUGUUUAUACAACAGCAUUUGUGUAAAAAUGUUCUGUGAAUCUCAUCCGAGCUCAGGAUUCCGGAUCAUUCUGCUGGACUCUGCUUUUUCUCUUUAACCUUCUCCCUGAUCCCUAAAAGCAAACAUACCUCCAGCAUUGCUCCAUUUCCUGUGUUCUGUCUGAAAAAUUCAAGCCAUUAAAACCAAACAUAAUUGUUGCU